AUGGCAUCUACAUCGAAAUCAUCGUCAUCCACCAAAAAAACGACUACAUCUUCCGUUGAUGCACCAAGUAAAUUCUAUUUUGCUUGUCGAAAUAAUGAAUUAGAUGCUGUUACAUCACUUCUUAAAACUGCAUCACUUGAUGAAAUAAAUCGUCUUGAACCUAAUGGAAGUACACCAUUACAUGCAGCUGCCUACUAUGGAAAUAAUGAUAUUGUUAAAUUAUUACUCGAUCAUGGAGCAUCAAGAACAAUUAAAAAUAAAUACGACUAUACUCCUCAUGAUGAAGCAAAAACGGAUGAUACAAAAAGAUUGUUUCAACGUAUUACGGAACAAAAUCGUUUUAUUGGGCACACAGGACCAAUUGAAUGGAUUUAUGUCGACGAUGAUCCAGAAGCAUACGCAUCAUUUAAUCGAAAAAGUUUAAUGAAAUGUAAAUCGGAUGCUGAUUUUAAUCGACUAGCAACUGGUAUACAAAAAAGUUAUAUCGACGGGAAACUAGCUGAUGGUCAUAAAAUAAGUCAUAUUCAGUGGCUUUUUGAACAAGCCGUAAAAGAGAACGAUCCACGAUAUGUUGUUAAAGCUUACACAGCUGAAACUGUUUUUUAUGUUCGUCUCAAUACCGAUUUGGCUAUGAUGGAAAAAUAUUGGAGUGGUGAUAAACAUGAGCGACAUGUUGCAUCAAUUUUUACAUUCCAUCCAGCAUUUGAACCCUAUCAAUUUACAGGUGAAACUUAUCGUGGAGUUAAAAUGUCCGAUAGUGAUUUGAAACAAUAUAUUGUCGGUUCAGAAUUUAUGAAUAAAACAUUUCUGAGUACAUCAAAAGACCGUUCAAAUGCUGAAAAAUUUAUGAAUGAUUUCAACCCAAGACGAAAUGCUCUUAAUGAAUUAAUAAAACAUUCAGUUCUCUGCAAAUAUGUUAUAAAAUAUCCGACAACAGCACUUGCCAUUGAAGAUCUAUCCGAGUAUCCAAAUGAAAAAGAAGUACUCAUUCUACCAUAUGCAUCAUUUGUUGUAAAACAAUUACAAAAUCCAUCGAAAAAAGGUGAAGUAAUUAAAAUUGAAAUGGAAGAAAAAGAACCAACUAAAUAUACAACUGUACACAAAUCAAAAUUAGUACAAAAAUCAAGUUCAAAAAGUAAGCCGGAUGAGCCCGAAUUAUUUGAUACAGCUACAUAUAAAAAAAUAUUUAAAGAUGCAAAAGAAACAAAAAGUGGAGCAACAACAAGUAAUAUUGAUCCAUCUGAUAUGGCUAAAUUGUAUCAGAGUUGUGCUGAUGAAAAACUGAAAGAAUUUGGAAAAAUGGAGACAGGAAAUUUUAAUUUGUCGGCAUACCAUCAUCAGUCGUACAGCACAACAUCAACAGGAACAGGAAAAGAUAAUGUUAAUAAAUUAUUGAAAGACAUGGGAUUUGCCAGUAGUGACAGUGAUAAUGAAGAAGUUUAA